UGUAAAACAAGUGACAGUGUCCGUCACGUAGCCAGACGCACUGUGUAAUAGCAUUCGAAUGAUGAUGCUACUCCGAAAUUGAUAUAAAAGACCGAGAAAUGUAAACUGAAAGCGGAGUUGAAACCGAACGGAGAUUGCAUCGGUCCAGAUGGAACAGAUUCAACUAAAGCUUGGAUAUAAGUUUGGGCCAACGUCAUCAGAGGGAUGGGAGGCAGGAUGAUUUCCAAUAAAAUCAAAACACAGCUGCCGAGGCUUCUCCGAGGGGUCUCCGAGUCGACGCCGAGUCGAUUUUAACGAAUCGGAAGCCACCGGAUAAAUGCCGAAGUCGAGGUUCCCUUUUAUCGAAUUCUCGAAGAUGGGAUAUUUUCUGAAGCAGCGUCUUCUGCGGGACGAUAAAGCCACGGUUUUUGCAGCGUAAUGUACUCGUGUCGAAGUGGAGAAAGAACGUGGCGGAGAAAAAGAGAGGAAAGAGAGGACGAAGGACGCGGCUGUUGCAUCCUGGCGGCGCAGGAGCGCAUCAACAGGAUCUCGCUGGACCGAGUUGCCUCCGCCAGUGGCGCGGUGGUGGGGAUGGCGGAGCGCGGUGGUGGGGGUACGCCGGCCGUCGGAGUGGGGGCACGGCACGGAGAAGAGACGAGUGGAGCUCCCUCUGGCGAAUGUCUCGUGUCAGUCGAGCCGUGUGUCGCGUCGCGGUAGUGUGUUGUGUAUCAUAGUUGCGCGUUCCGCGUAUACCGUCGAGCACUGAUGACGCUUUGCUCACCGUGAUUAUGAGCGACGUGAGUUCAGUGAAAGCGAGUUCGACGUAUUGUUCCCGAUAUGUCCCGAGGGCAGUGAAACGGAGCAUCGCGCGAUAGAAACACGCGCUCCGAACCGAGAGGCUCUGGUCGCGUACCGCUGGACCGCGUGCUUCUCGCCGUGUCGGUCUUUCCUCUUUCGGAGUUUUCAAGGUUACGGUUUCAAUACCGGCACGAGAACGAUUCCCGGCACGGAGACCCUCGCUUUCUGCCUGCGGUUUUCGUCGUUCCCUCUCUGUCAACCGUGUGUCCCUAUCCCUGUCGUCCGGCCGUUUAACGAAAAGAAACAGCUACCCUCGAUUUUUCGUUCGUUCGUUCGUUCGUUCGAUUUCGAUUUCGAUCGCGUUCCAACUCGCUCCAAUAUAUAUACCGGAUUUGUAUCGUUUCUUCACCAACUGUGCUGUGCUUCUUGUUUACUGCUCCGUUUUUACCGAUUGGUUCUUCGUCGUUUCCGCGAAUUUCGCCAAGGAAACAGUGAAUGUAUUUCUAACACAGGAAAUUGGAAGGGAAGUUGCAUUAACAAUACGACAAUACGAUAGUGUCGGGGCGAAAUCGUCAAUGGCUACGUGAGAAGAAGCUUCAAGGGCAGGAAGGAAUACAAUAACAAUAAGAACGUAUCGGGGUUGUAACAGUGCUGAAGAAAAGCAAUAUCUACGAAUAGAGAGAAAGAAAAAGAGAAAGAGAGAGAGAGGGAGAGGGAGAGAUCAGUGUACAUUCUGUGAUUAAAGCCAUAUUUUGUUUAAUUAUUAACGUCUUCCAUCGUUCUGCAAGAGGUACGACAACGUACAAACGCAAUACAAACAACACGCACGUAAGUUACAUUACCGACGAAGAAAAAGUGCUCUUGCUUCGACCGUUUAACUACGUACAGAUACAAAUCGAGCAAGUGCGGUGAACGUAGAUGAAACGUACACUAGCAUACAGAUUGUAAAGGAAGCGGGUAGACGACCGCGCGCAAUAACAGUCGUCGGUUAUAAAUUUAAAGUGCUCCGAAUCGAGACACGUGCGCUCGAAUUGAUCUCGUUUGAAAGGAUCGAUAACUUCGUUCGGUUGACUUCUCUCGCGUUCUCCCUUACCGACCGGGAGGGCAUCGUGCUUCGCGAAAUAGACCAAGCCAGGGGGAGCACACGGAGUACAAUUACCCGCGGUUUUUCUUUUAAUUCCCAACUGUGGUGCGCACGGUGAGAGAAGAGAGUCGUCGGAGAAGCGGAGACUCGCAUUUAGAAGCUCGAUUCGGAGAGAAACGGAGAAACAAAGGAAGAGGGAGAGAGAGAGAGAGAGAGAGAGAGAGAGGAAAAGAUCGUAUCGACGCGUCGAACCAGUUCGAUCGUCCGCGCCUCGUAAUGAGCCGGAGCACCGCACGUUGAAGAUCGAACGUGACCAGUGCAGUAACCCUUCCUCCACGGAGCGCGUCGCCGAUCGGUAUUCUCGGAGGAGCCGUUAAUCGAGGGUACCGCCCAUUACAAGAAAAACCAAUCGGACCCGGGAUCGGUUUCAGGCCGAUUCGAUAGCGAAUAUCAUACGUGACUUCGUUCUCUGGCCGCGAGGACGUCGCCGUCGUCGUCGUCGAUCCGCAUUCUUUCGAAGAUGUCGCGGCGCGUUGUUUCGAGACGGUGCAGCGCGUAGGCAAGGAGGCGGACAAGGACAGACCGAGACGAGAUCGGCAAGAAAGUCGGAAGGGAGAGACACGCGUGCAGACACGAAAGAAGAGACAGACAGACAGAGAGAGAGAGAGAGAGAGAGAAAGAGAGAGAGAGAGAGAGAGAGAGAGUGUGGGUGAGAGCGAGAGCAAAAGAGUAAAAGAGCGGCGGGGGCGUGAUAAAACCGUCGUAUUCCUCGCCAACGACACAGACAUGACGAUGGCCAGCAAUAUUGUGGUCGAGUGGCUGCGCUCGCUUCACUUGGGCCAGUACUCCGAGUCGUUCAUCGACAAUGGCUACGACGACCUUGAGAUCUGCAAGCAAAUCGGCGAUCCCGAUCUGGACGCGAUCGGAGUGUUCAAUCAAACGCACAGAGCGAGGCUACUCCAGUCGGUGAAGACGCUGAGGGAGGAGGGUGCAGCGAGCGUUUACUUUACGCUGGAGGAAAGCAACGAUUGCCUGUGCGACAACGUCAGCUCGAAAUCUUCCAGAACGUCUUCUGAGAGACCGCUCAGCGAUAAAGAAGCGCAGAGGGCUUCGCCAACAGCCAGCUCCUCGAGCGGUGGUCAGGAAUUAACCAAGUUCGCGGACGAAUACGAGGAGGGAAAGGCGGAGCUCGUCAGAAUCCCGAGGAUGCAACUACGGAUGCUGCUGCAGGAGAAGCUCAGGCACGACGGCAUCAGGCUGGCUUGUCAACCUUACACAACACCGGUAAGUCAGCUUGUCCUUACUUUUUCUUCGUUUCUCUCUCUCUCUCUCUCUCUCUCUCUCUCUCUCUCUCUCUCCUUCUCUCUUUAGUGUUUCUAGAUGCAAAAUUUUCUUCAUCGCUAUUACCUGACUAUUACGUUCAAGACAAAGUUAGUUAUUUGCUCGCCAUGAUAAAAAAUGCCGCGAAAAAAUUUACGACCAGCAGCUCUGUA